AUGCCAGCAACAUUGAUGCCAAACAAUGGCGGCGCAUUGUUUGGUUGUUGACAACGGCGCGGGUUCAAUAAAAGUUGGAUACACAACUCAAAAUGCCCCUCGAAUCAUUCCAAACUGCAUCACGAAAGCCAAGAGUGAAAGGCGGCGGCAGUUUAUUGGAGACCAAAUUGACGACUGUAAGGACAUGUCAGGACUGUUCUACUUGUUGCCCUUUCAAAAGGGGUAUCUCACGAACUGGGAAAUUGAGAAACAAGUAUGGGACUACAUGUUCGGGAAAGAAGUUUGUAACGUAAAAUUCGAUGACACUUGCAUGGUGUUGACGGUACCCUACUUCAACUUCAAUUCCAUUCAAGAGAACCUCAUCGAAGUUUUGUACGAGGAUUAUCAGUUCCAUUCAGCGCUCAUUACAAAUGCGGGCACCUUGAGUGCAUUCAGGUACCAGAAGGAGAAUCCAAAAGAAACUGGUUGCAUUGUGGUUGACUCCGGCUUCUCUUUCACUCAUAUAGCCCCAUAUGUGAAAGGCAAGAAGGUUAAAGAUGCUAUAAAAAGGAUGAACCUGGGAGGGAAAGCCUUGACCAAUCACCUCAAAGACAUAAUUUCCUACCGCCAGUUACACGUCAUGGAUGAAACGUACGUUAUGAACCAGGUCAAGGAAGACGCCUGCUUCGUGUCCACAAACUUCUGGCGUGAAAUGGGAAUUGCAAAGAAGCGUGGAACGGAGAACACAGUGGUCAGGGACUACAUCUUACCGGAUUACACGGUCAUCAAGCGUGGGUACUUGCGACCGGCCGAAGAAACAACCGGAAAGGCAAAAGACAACGAGCAGCUCAUCCGCCUCAACAACGAACGAUUCAUGGUACCAGAAUUGCUCUUCCAUCCGUCCGAUAUUGGCGUCGAGGAGAUGGGAAUUCCUGAAGGCAUAGAACAUUCCACAAAUGCUUUGCCUAAAGAGGUCCACGCACACAUGUACAAAAACGUCGUUCUAACUGGUGGCAAUGCCUGCUUUCCUGGUUUUGGUGAAAGAGUCUAUGGAGAGCUCCGGAGUCUCAGCACGGAAAUCUUUGAGGUCAACGUCACUGCACCAGAGAACCCAAUAACUUACGCAUGGCACGGAGGUGUUCUUCUGCGUCAGGACCAAGAUACGUUUAACAAGCUUGUUGUUACGAAAAAGCAAUACGAAGAGCAUGGAACGCCAUUCUGCAUUGACAAGUUUGAUGUAUAGCUUUGUGAACGAUGAACCUGCAAAGCCAUGUACAUUGUUAUGUACCUGUACAGUGUAAAUACAGAAACGUUCAUGACGAAAACCCGA